UGUUUUGUUAAAUGAUCUAUGUUUAAAUCCGUUACUUCGCUGAGGAGAUGAAGGGGUGGAGUGGCGCGAAAGAGAGAGAGAGCGCGAGGCGCAUCGCUUUGAGUGACAGGAGGACAGAGAGAGAAUCUGAGCGCGCGCGACGGUCACAGCGAGCCUGGCUGACUGAAGAUUGAGACGGUUAAAAACACCGAGAACGGAACAACGCAAAACCAUUUUAAAAAAACAAGGUCUAGACAAGAAGAAAAUAAAGAUUUCUCAAGGAAAGAUGCCGUUUACCCAGACUGAGGUAACAUGGUGCCAAAGAUGAGGGGUUACAACAUCCCUGUGUUCCCUCAAUCCUCAUUCAAGAAAACAAAAUCAACAUGAUGUCAACUUUGAAGGGCACACUGCAACCUGAAUACACAUCAUCAGCUCGGAUAUACUCUUGCUGUACGGAAGUGAUGAAAAUUUUGAUUCUAUUGAUUGACAGUGGAAAAAACAUCCAGGGUUUUUCUGGUUGAUAUUAUCAUUAUCUCAGUGCCUACAGUUCAAAGGAAUCCUACAAAUAAAGGGCUGCAAUUUCUGGUCACUUAAGUCGAAGGACAUAAAGAAUCAAGAAGAAAGACCUUGAACCCUUUAUCAAUUUCCUUCUUGAAUAAAUAGGACGAUUGUCGUGUUUCAAACUCUGCUCAGACCAAAGGACAAUGUGGGACACUCGCUAGAUGGGCUUGUGAUUGGAAGUAAAGAAGGGCAAGAAAGAACUGCGUUUUCCCAACUACACUGACCAAGAAUAUUGACUUAAGACAUUGGGUUAAAUUACCUCUACUGAGAGAGUGGGGUACAUUGCCUGGAAUUAUGGCCACAGAGAGCCUAGUUGAACUCCGCGAUUGGUUGUUUCUACUUCUUCUAUGCCUGACAUUAUUGGUUGAAGUCCUAGAGUUCGCAACAGCUGCUGCAGCAGAGGCAGCUCUCGGAGAGGCAGAGCUUCAGGGAGACGUGCCAUGCCCCUCAGCUUGCAGGUGCGAUGAUGGCUUCAUUUACUGCAAUGACCGUGGAUUGAGUAUCAUCCCACCAUUACCAUUAACGGCAGCUGUGCUCUAUCUGCAAAACAACCGCAUAGACAAUGCUGGGCUACCAACAUCUUUAGAGCGACGACUGACUGUGCGAGUAGUUUACCUUUAUGAUAAUGAACUUGACGAUUUUCCAACACAUCUGCCUCCGUCCCUAAGAGAACUUCACCUACAAGACAACAAUAUACGAACUUUACCCCGUUCUGCUCUAGCACGGCUCCCCCUACUGGAGAAGCUUCACAUGGAUGACAAUUCCGUUUCAACCGUAAGUAUAGAAGACAAAGCAUUCGCCAACAAUCCGAGGCUGCGUCUUCUUUUCUUGUCACGCAACCACCUCUCUAGUAUACCAUCAGGACUGCCUGCAUCACUUGAGGAACUCCGCCUAGACGACAAUCGGAUUUCAACUAUUCCAACACAUGCAUUUCGAGGUCUCUCCUCUCUAAGACGUCUCUUCCUUGAUGGGAAUCUGCUGGCAAAUCAGCGUAUCGCAGAUGAUACAUUCUCACGGCUGUCUAAUCUCACAGAGCUCUCUCUGGUUCGGAACUCACUCCAGGCACCACCAUUAAACCUUCCAAGUAUGCAUCUACUUCGCCUUUAUCUACAGGACAAUGCCAUAGCCCACAUACCACGAGGCUCCCUGGAUGGAAUGCGAAGGUUACAGAAACUGGAUCUAUCAGGUAACAACUUGACGACUCUCCCAAAAGGUUUAUUUAAGGACCUGGACAGCCUUUCACAAUUACUUGUCCGAGGAAAUCCUUGGUACUGUGGCUGUAACCUCCGCUGGCUUCAUGACUGGUUGCAUGAGCGAGGUUCAUCAGUGACUGUAAGAGGUUUAACUUGCCAUGGACCAGAGAGACUAAGAGGAAUGGCACUAAGAGAUCUUACAAGUCAGUUGGAAGAUUGUGAGGUCAGCGUAGAUUCUGCAGGAGGAAUGGUUGGAAACGAUGGAGUAAAGAAGGAGAAAAGUUAUUUUCCAACACAAGCACCAGCUACAACAACCCCUCCACUUCCACAGGGUUCUCUCUUUACCCUCAGAUCCAGACGACCAGGCCAUAAGUAUUCAGAUAUUAGCCAGGACAGUCUUGGAGGUGGAAGUGGGGUUACAGGUAAAUCAUUACUAAUCAGUGUAAAACCUCUCACACCAGAGACAGUUCACAUUACCUGGCAGGCUUCACAGCCAGUCCCCUCCUUCAGACUUUCCUGGUUGCGACUAGGCAACAGUGCUGCAAUGGGGUCAAUCACAGAAACACUUGUGCCAGGGGAUCGCCGUGAGUAUUUACUUACGCAACUACAGCCCCAGUCAAGUUACAUCAUCUGCUUGGUGCCUCUCUCUGGAAACGAUGGCAAAAGAACCUCUUUUACAGCAAGUGGGGGUUUAAACAUUAACACAAACUCAGAGCAUGAGCACCCUGCUUGUGCCAAAACAGAGACGGAUCCCCUCGAGCAGCCUAUUUCAGACCAGGACAGUGAUCGAGAAACUGACCAACUGUCAGCCCUACCACUUGCUGGAAUUAUUGGAGGUGCAACAGCAUUGGUGUCUUUGUUCUUAAUUUUUGGCAUCUUCUGCUGGUACGGACACCGUGCGGGGUACCUUGCACCAGGUGACCAAUCUAUAUAUGGUAGAGAUGUUGUUGGCUCACGAGGUGCCAGCAAACACUACGAUGACUAUGUUGAGUCUGGAACCAUAAAAGACACGUCCAUCUUAGAAAUCAGAGCUCAUGGCUUUCAAAUGACACCAAUGUCUGCCCAACAGCCUUUGCAGCCCAAGGCAAAAGUUGAGGAUAUGACAUACAUUCAUACUAUCUUUCCCUCCAAUAAUGCAACUCUAUAUAGGAGCACCCUGAACCACACAGGAAAUCCAGGCUAUGGAACAAAUCGAGGGUACAGAGAAGGGGGAAUACCAGACAUAGAUUACUCAUACACGUGAUAGUCUUUUUUAUAACCCCCAUCAUAUUCUGUUCCUGUUAUCAGGUAAAGCAGUUGGGUAAGGGUUCUUUUGCCUAGGUUCUAAAAGUAGGGGUGUGCCGAUUCUAAAGGGACCAUUUUCCCCUCAUCUAUUAUACACAAAAUCUUAUUACUGGAUAGAAGAUUUCAAGUAGAUUUCUUAAAUCAAAAUAUUUAUGCUUAAAGUAGUAUAGUUUUCUCACUUUUGGAGCAUUGGUGUAACAUGAAGAUGUUUUAAACCAAAAUCAUGAUUCCGAAAAUUUAACUGAGUAAUUUAGUAAUUUAUGUUACAAGAAUGAAUAUGACUUACUGUUCAAAACCAGGUGUUAAAAAUACUAUAUGGACUGUACAUCAGACACUCUACAAUAACAAUAACAUGGUUACGAAAAAAUGUUCAGAAAGAACACCUCUUGAUAAUGUGGAUAAAGCAGGAUUUAAUUCGGCACACCCCUAUUCCAAAGUACCCUUUGUGCCUCCUUUAGUCUGUUUUCAAAACAUUGUUCUUUAUGGGCAAAAAAAACCCUCUGGAACAUUUUCAAAAUACCUAUAAUAGUCAGAAAGUGCCAGGGAUAGCACUCUUGGUGUUGAUGUUAUCCAAUGUUCAGAUGAUAAUUGAAGUUUUUUUUGCAUCUUAGUACCAAUGAUUUUCAGUGUCUGAUAUAUAAAACUAGUUCAUUUUAGGGGUUAGCAUGAUGAUGAUGAUGAUGAUGAUGAUGAUGAUGAUGAGAUCUGGGAUCAGGUUCAUAUAGAUAUCAUUUUACCACCUGGACUUUACUGUGUAUAUGUGCACUGGGGAAAACUGAUGGGCAUACUGACGACAACAACAAAAAAUAAACCUUUUUUUUGGUGGGGGGGUGCUGUUUUUCAAAUUCUAAUUUUCAGUUCUCUCUCCCUCCUUUUUAUGGGCUUUUCCUUUAUUCUCUCUAUUUCUUUUGCACGCAGCACGAUGACUUUGUUCCCAACCCAGAGAGCUGACAGUGGUGAUAAUGGUUUUGACAAUGAAAGACCUCAAAUUGCUACUGGGUUUCUUUUCUUUUAAUGAGAGUGAGAAAAGUGGGGUAGAAGGAGACAAACGGAAAGAAGGAAAGAGAUGAAGGCACAGUAAAAGGUUUCAUGUUCACAAAGAACAUUUGUAAAAAAAAAAAAAUAAAUAAAUAAAUAAUAUAUAUAUAUAUAUAUAUAAAUAUAUAUAUAUAUAAAUAAUAAUAAUAAUAAGGCACUCAAAAAGUGGAACCAAAAAAAUGGAAACAAAAAAUGGAGGUUUCAAGAACAAUCAAACAAAAUAUAUGAAGCUUAGUAGUUUUCCCUUCUAGAAAACAAAAUGCAAUCAAUCAAUUACCGUAUGACUAAAUGAAUUACUUUACGAAAUCUAAGCUCACUUAAACUAAACGGAAAGAAGCAUUUAAAGACAAUCAUGGAAGGGAGGCAAUCCUAAUUGAUGAAUGAACCCAAACUGACAGGCUUGACAUAGAUAAUGCAGUCAAUUUAGCAUGUAAAAAGUUAACUGAAAGGCAGUGCUUGUUGAUAAAGAACAUACCAGAAAAUAUCAUGGACAUGAAAUCUAGUAGAUGACUAGAAAAAAUGAAAAAUCAGACAACUUUAACAUGUCUUUGUAUGUGAAACGGUCUGUAUCUAUACUCUACCCCUGAGGUGCAGGAAAAACAGAAAUCAGGGAUUAAUACAAUAUGUAACACUGUGAACCUCUGCAUCUUGUAAGUGGGCUAAGAAGGAAGAGAGAGAACAAAGGUCUUUAUAAUCGAUUAAAGACAAUCCACUUUUUUUCCACAGUCUGACUUUGUGUGACUUAAAUGCAGCAUUAGCUGGGAUAGUAGAAAGGUAGAAACACUAAAAGGAUAUCUGUACCGGAUCUGCAAUUUUCCAGCCUUUUUCUGAUGCAUUUUAAAAGUGAACUAUUCAAAGGGUCCAUGUAAAUCACUUCUCUCUCUCAUUAUAGAUAUGGAUAUACAUCAUGACAAAUAGUAAAUAAAGCUUGUUAUCUUUUUCAUUGAUAUAUGUAUCAUUAAAAGUUGUGAUGAAACGCAUUGUUGAUGUGUACGUGUG